CUGACCUAUCACAGCCACACUCGUACUCAUCGGGAAGUGCAGUGUGUUCUAGCCCGUCACAUGUUUGAUCUGUUUGUAUAUUAGAUGAUACCUUCGGAAAGCCAUCUGCUACCUGGAGAUGUGUACUUGCACACUAGAUUUCAAUGUCUUUGCCACCCGAAGUCAAGCUCUAUAUUUACCCUGUGAUUUGAAUCAAAAAAGCAUCCAAAUCUGCAUGACUGUACGGCUAUUCUGACUGUUAUUUCAUUUACAUUGUGACCUACCUAUCAUUCAUUUCAGGCGUUCGCUUGAUACCCCUACAUCCGGAAUUGACUAGCCUCACACCUAAUCCAACAGAUCUGGUAUCUAAUUGAUAUCAGCCCUUCUCUCUUUAUUCUAACUAUCAUUGGACAUACCAUCUUUCUUACUGUGCUGUUACCUUGAGGGAGAAGAUGCCUGUAUCACCUAAACAGCGGAAGAUAGCUAUUGUUGGCAGCCGUUCAGUGGGCAAGUCUUCUCUCACAGUUCGAUUCGUUGAACAGCAUUUUGUAGAGAGCUAUUAUCCUACAAUUGAAAACACGUUCAGCCGAAUUAUCAAACACAACGGCCAAGAUUUUGCAACUGAGAUUGUUGACACAGCCGGUCAAGACGAAUAUAGUAUUCUGAACUCCAAACACUUCAUUGGAAUUCAUGGGUAUAUUAUUGUCUAUUCCGUGGCUUCGCGCCAGUCUUUCGAUAUGGUCAGAGUUAUCCGGGACAAAAUCUUAAACCACCUUGGUGCGGACCAUGUUCCUCUUACCAUUGUUGGAAACAAAAGUGACCUGAAGCCCGAACAGCGCCACGUGUCUGUAGAUGAAGGUCGGCAAUUAGCGGAGGAAUUUCGUUGUGCUUUCACAGAGGCAAGCGCUCGUCUUGGUUACAAUGUUGAAAGAGCUUUUGAUCUAAUGAUUGGGGAAAUCGAGAAGACACAAAAUCCAUCACAACCAACUGGAGGUAAUAAGUGCAUUGUAAUGUGAUGUGAAUAUGUCAAUAGGCAAGUGUAAUCUAUGUGGG